CUCAUGUUAAACGACAACAAUUUUUCUGGAGGGAUCCCAAGCUCAAUGGGCUUUUUGAAUAAAAUUCAGUAUUUAAGUCUGAGGCACAACAACUUCUCGGGAGCUUUACCUUCGUCAAUGAAGAAUUGUGCAAAUCUUCAGUUUCUUGAUUUGGCGGAGAAUUCGUUGGAAGGAGAAAUACCAACAUGGAUGGGGGGAGGACUUACAAAUUUGAUCAUCCUGGUCCUUAAAUCAAAUAAAUUUUAUGGAAGUAUACCAUCAAAUUUAUGUCACAUUCGUUCCAUUCAAAUUUUAGACCUUUCAAUGAAUGAUCUGUCUGGAGAUAUUCCUUCGUGCAUAAAUUUGUUUACAAAUAUGAUGGAUAAUAGUACUCAAAAGAUGGUGUUUACCCAUAUGUAUGUUAUCAAGAGGAGGUCUGGUACGAUGGUCUAUAAUUUUGAUGAUAUAGCUGAAGCAACAAUUAUGUGGAAAGGAAGAUAUUACCAGUUUCAGAAAACUUUGCAGUUAUUGAAACUCAUCGAUCUGUCAAGCAAUAAACUCUCUGGUCAAAUACCUGAGGAACUGACAAGUCUGGUUGAAUUGGUUCAACUAAACUUAUCAAGGAACCAUUUAUAUGGACCGAUUCCAAGGGAGAUUGGUAAGUUGAGCAACCUACAAGCACUGGAUUUCUCCAACAACAAUCUUUCAGGUACAAUUCCCACAAGCUUCGAGAAGCUAUCUUUUUUGGCCAACCUGGAUUUGUCAAAUAACAAAUUCUCAGGAAGAAUCCCUACGACCACUCAACUGCUAAGCUUUAAUGCUUCUUCAUUCAUCGGAAACAUUGGGCUUUGUGGUAAUCCUCUACCAAACUCAUGCUCCGAGUGUAACUCACAUCAUUCAUCUAAUAUUGGUGAUAGUGUUGUUAAUGGUGGUAAAGAAUGGUUUGACAUGUCAUGGCUUCAAAUGGGAUUUGGAGCUGGAUUUGGAGUUGGGUUCGCUGGAGUUUCUGGUUAUUUUUUGUUCAAUAUUUCUUGGAAACUAGCCUUUUUCCAAUUCUUAAAUAAAGUGAAAUUGGUUCUACAUGGAUGACACCAUUUUUCGUCAAAGCAGUGAAGGUGAACAGCAGGUUUUCUAGCUAACAGAAAAUAAGUGUAUUAAUAAAGAACUUGUUCAUCGUGGGCAAUGCUGUUGGUCUUACAUCAAAUGAGGUGGAGCUAGCGGCUUUAAGAUGGUUUGAAGCGUUCAGAGUUGAAAUAAUAAAUAUGUAUCAGUGUGAAGUUUUUCCAUUAUGCUACAUUAUAAGUUUCAUAGACACGAUAAUGUAAUG